AUGAUGGUUUCAAUCUCUCGUACACCAACGACCUCCAAAAUCCUCCCAAAUCUUAGCAUCAUCAACAAACAACAACCUCCUCAAUAUGAUCAUCAAAGAAAAAUAUUGGAAUCACAAAUAGUCUCACUACUCGACUCCUCCAACAAUCUCAACCAAGCCAAGCAAAUUCAUGCCCACAUCAUCCCUUUGAUACGUGGUUACUCUGUACAAGGACCUUUUAUGGAGUCUGUAACUUUGUAUAAUCUAAUGAGACGACAAGGGAUUGGUCCUGUUUCGUUUACAUUCACAGCUUUGUUGAAAGCUUGUGGUGGUGGUGGGGUUAUUCUGGGUAUGCAAAUUCAUGGGCAGGUUAUAAGUCUUGGUAUGUUUACUUAUGAUUUGUUUGUGGGUAAUACUUUGAUUGACAUGUAUGUUAGAUGCGAGUUGUUAGAUAGUGCUCGUAAAGUGUUCGAUGAAAUGUCUGAAAGAAAUGAAAUCUCAUGGACUACAUUAAUUGUGGCUUAUGCAAGACAUGGGAACAUGGAAGAAGCAAGUGAGUUGUUUCAAGGACUACCUACAAAGGACAUGGUAGCAUGGACAUCAAUGGUGAUGGGAUUUUCACAGAAUGCCAAACCGAAAAAGGCUUUGGACUAUUUUGAGAAAAUGCAAGAGGCUCAUGUUAAAACAGAUGAGGUCACAUUAGCUAGUGUCAUUUCAGCUUGUGCCCAAUUAGGUGCACCCAAGUAUGCCAAAUGGAUUCGUGAAGUUGCUGAAAACGCUGGAUUUGGACCUGAAAAUAAUGUCAUCAUAGGGUCUGCUUUAGUUGAUAUGUACUCAAAAUGUGGAUGUAUUGAUGAUGCAUGUAAUGUGUUUGAUAAAAUGCCUGAGAAAAACGUUUACUCUUAUAGCUCGUUAAUUCUUGGAUUCGCAAUGCAUGGAUAUGCACAAAAAGCAAUCAAUUUGUUUGAAAAAAUGGUGAAAACGGAUGUGAAACCAAAUGUAGUAACAUUUUUAGGAGUCCUCACAGCUUGUAGCCAUGGAGGUUUAGUAAAACAAGGUCAAGAUCUUUUUGAAGUAAUGGAAAAAGACUAUAAUGUAACCCCAAAUGCUGACCACUAUACAUGCAUGGUGGAUCUUCUUGGAAGAGCCGGAUGCAUUGAUGAUGCAUAUGAUCUUAUUAAAAAAAUGCCCAUUUUGCCCCAUGCGGGUGUCUGGGGAGCCUUGCUUGGUGCUUGUCGUAUCCAUAAGAACCCUAAAAUUGCUGAAAUUGCUGCGAAUCAUUUAUUUGAACUCGAACCAAAUGCUAUAGGAAACUAUAUACUACUCUCAAACACUUAUGCUUCUGCUAAACAAUGGAAUGAUGUUUCAAGAAUUCGAGGGUUGUUUAGAUCCAAGGGUUUGAAGAAGAAUCCUGCGUAUAGUUGGGUAGAAGGGGCAAAAGGGGUAAUUCACGAGUUUCUUGCGGGUGACAUGGGUCAUCCUAGGAGUUUGGAGAUUAAGAGAGAGUUGGAGGAUCUUUUGUGUAAAUUAAGGUUAGAUGGGUAUAAGCCGGUUUUGAGUUGUGUGCCUUAUGAUGUGAGUGAUGAUGAGAAGAUGAAGAUAUUGUGGGGACAUAGUGAAAAAUUGGCAUUGGCGUAUGGAUUGCUUGGUGAUUCUAGAAUCAUUAGGAUUGUGAAGAAUAUAAGGAUAUGUGAAGAUUGUCAUGUGGUUAUGUGUGGGGCCUCCAAGGUUAGUGGUAGGGAGAUUGUUGUUAGGGAUAACAUGAGAUUUCAUCAUUUUCAUCAUGGUGUAUGUUCUUGCAAUAAUUUUUGGUGA